UUUAAUUUUGUUAUUGGUAUUUACAUCGUACUAUUAUUUCAUCUAUUUUUGGGAAACACAUUUUAGCAAGUUAGAUUGAAAGAGUUAAACUAAAUGUUCAUAAUAAUGGGAACUCAUUCUUUGUCAGCAAAAGAUUAUUUUCUUUCAAUAUCGUGAAUUUAGUAGAUAUGUUUUUUCGAUGGUUUUUUAAUAUAAUUACGAUUAACUAAUAUAAACUUCCUUAUUUAUUACGGAAACGUCUCCGCAUCCACAAGCUAUGAGUAAAUUCGUCAUUGUCAUCUAUGAUACGAAAAUUUCUGAAAAAAAUACUACAUGUAUUAUAAAAAAUAUAAAUCUGAAAUUUUCAAAUAUAAAAAUAUCGAUAUGUAUAUAUUUCAAACAUAAAAAUUAUCGAUCGGCACGCCUCCGUUCGGCACUUCGUUUAACUAUUUUCUUCCUUGUUGUAUCGUCGGCAAAACAGAAAAUCACUGAUACCAACCAAAUCAACCGGUUAAUGUGUAGGUUAAAUGUAACCAUCGAAGUGAUGUGAAGUCGAACGUAUACCAGUAGAAUUGACAAAAUUACAUGAAGAAAAACAUGAUUGACAGAAACCGAUAACCGUCCAAGGUCCAUAGAAUUUUUUUCACCAUAUGAGCUUUCGCUUUGUUGAUCUUAAUAAUAUAGGUUAUAAAUUAUUCGUUGAAAUAACGAUAUUUCGAUUGUAAAGUGAAAAAGCUUCCCGAAAAUUCUAUCGUCUUCUUGGUUAUUCUUCCACUCGAGUUGUGCUUGACUGCAAAUCGUUCAAUCUUGUCAAAUACAAGUGCUUCAAAAAAAGGAUUUACCAUCUUGAAAAAAGAACUAUAUAUAUUUAUUAAAUUUUAGUUACAUAUUUUCAACCAUAAACAUUGUUUUGUAUACUUAUAGUGUUGUUUUUUUUUAUUUUUAUUUUUUACGCAGUAAAAAUCGAUCGAUCGUCUGUUUUUGGUUAUAACUCGAUUCUACGCGCCACUACAUUCUAAUCGACGAUCUCAUUGCUUUUCUUUUUUUGUUUUUAUGUAUAUCGAAAUUUGAAACAUUUAUUGCCAACAAAAUUAUAUUUAAGGCGGACGAUGUGACUUUUGUAAAUCAGUGAAUACGUGACUCGAGUGAGUUCGCUGUGUUUGUGUUCUUUGCUAAAAUAGUUGGACAUUUAUUUCUACUUAUUUCUUUAAUAUUUUCUAAUCUUGGAAGAACAUAUAUAUUUGAAGUGUCUUCUUGUUGACUGAGUGUCUCCUUAAAUCUUCAGAUUCGAAAUUUCAGACUUGAAAGUUUAAUAAUUUUUAUUCUAAAACACAACAGUGUUAUUGUUUGGUAUGAUAACUCGAGCGCUGAGAUUAUAAAUGAUAGUGCUUGUUAGUUUUCAAUUGCAUCGCUUCUAAGAAUAUCUAAGAAUAUAGAUUUGUUGUAACAAAUUCUGUGCCAUCCAUCAAUCAAAGCAUUAAAAAUGGAAUUUCCUUUAUGGAAUAAGUUUUUUAUUUUUGCUGAUAUUAUAAUGAGAGUACCACCUUUGUUCAUCAUCGAUGGAUUAUUUAGAAUCAGUCUUGGAUUACCUGAUGAAACUAUUGUAUUAAGUAGUACAGAUAAUGACUUUAAAAUUACCAGUGCAUUGAAUACUUCUAUGGAAUUUGUUCCCUUGAUUGGUCCAGAAUCCUUUUUAUUGGAAUACUUUAAUUUUGAACAACAGGGUUAUCAAAUGUUUAUUGUGAUAAUGUUGAAAUUUAUAGUAUGCUGUAUAGGAUGUAUAGCAGCUUUGUGCACAUUUAUGUUAUGGACAAAACAUCUUAUAAUCGUGUACUUAUACAUGAUAUCUAUAGGAGUAAUAUUUAUAUCCUAUUGGUCUAAUGUUAGUACUAUCGAAGCUGUUAUUGCAUAUGUGAGCAAACCUGAAUAUACAAACAGUAUAUUGGAUGAUAUAUUACAUUUGAAUCUGACUUCUAUUAUCAAGGAAGGAACAGGAUCUUUGCUUUUUCAAAACUAUAUAUUGCAGUGUUUAUUGGCUAGCAUUUUUUGUUAUAUACACUUCGCUCCAAGAUAUUUAAUUCUUCAAAAAUUGCUGGUAAUGAGUUUUAUGACACCAUCACUUCUGGCUAUCCAUCCAUUACCUAUAUCGAUUCUUUAUAAUGCGCCAGUUUUUGCAACACUGCUUCCAUUAGCUGUUUGUAAAUUUAUUAUUUGGUACAAUGGCGUUUUAAUUCUGAAAACCAUUUAUAUGGGAUAUGCUCAUGCACGCAAUUUUAUAAGUAAUUAUGGUCUAUCUGCUCUUGUAGAGACAGAAUGGUUCCGUCUAAACGUUCCAUGCGUAUUACGUACGUUUUGGUUGUUGAGAAUAGGAGAAGAAGUUGUACAAAUUUUGGGAAAUCAUUAUGGAGAUGAAGAUUUCUCAUAUUAUGAUAUGCUCAGAACCUUAUUGGUAAAUGGAUGUGAGACCUUGACUGCAGUGUUAGGGAUGACUAGUAUAAUUUCACUUAUUUGCCAUUAUAUUGGUUGCUUCUUCCAAUGGGUAUUAUUGACCGAGGAUGGCGAUGAAAAAAGCAUCGGCACGAUAUCCGCAAUAUUAUUCUACAUAUUAGCACUUCAAACUGGAUUGACAAGCUUAGAUAGAGAAAAUCGAUUAGUCAAACUAUGUAGAAAUUUUUGCUUAUUAUUUACUGCAGUACUACAUUUUGUACAUAACAUUGUAAAUCCACUCUUAAUGUCUCUCAGUGCUUCGCAUAAUCCAGCACUGCAUAGGCAUUUACGUGCUCUUGCAGUUUGCGCCUUCCUUAUAUUCUUUCCAGUUUCUCUAUUGGUAUUCCUUUGGUCACAGUUUAGUGUGAGCACAUGGUUAUUGGCUGUGUCUGUUUUCAGUGUUGAAGUAAUAGUCAAGGUAAUGGUAUCCUUGGCUAUAUAUGUCUUAUUUCUCAUUGAUGCAUAUCGUACUGCAUUUUGGGAAGAGUUAGAUGAUUGCGUUUAUAUUAUAAGAUCUUUUGGCAAUAUCAUAGAAUUUGCCUUUGGCGUUAUAUUACUCUUCAAUGGUUUCUGGAUAUUAAUCUUUGAAGCUGGCGGUGCUAUUCGUGCUAUUAUGAUGUGCAUUCACGCAUACUUCAAUAUUUGGUGUGAAGUCAAAGCUGGGUGGCUAGUUUUUAUGAAGAGACGAACUGCAGUCAACAAAAUUAAUUCUUUGGCCGAAGCGAAGUUUGAACAGCUACGAUCUCUCAAUGACGUAUGUGCCAUAUGCUACCAAGAAAUGCAGGCUGCGAAGAUUACACGCUGCAAUCAUUACUUCCAUGGCGUGUGCCUACGAAAAUGGCUCUACGUACAAGAUCGAUGUCCACUUUGUCAUGAUGUCGUCUAUAAGCCUCAAAAUAAGGAGGACUGUUCUACGGAUUCGCUGUCACCGGAAUAGAGAAAAAAAAUAAAAGGACGGGGAUAACGAAGUCUUCCAAAAAGGAGAUCAGAAUAAGCUGGAGCAAUUUUAAGCAAGACUCGUCAUUGGAAGAGAUAAUAGACAAAACUCUUCAAUGAGGAUAAUUACUAUGACACAUAGCUUUAUUGUGAUAUUCUUUAUACUAAUAAAUAUUGCGAACUUAAGAAGGCUUAAAUUGUGCGACAUCGAUCUUUAAAAUUUUAUUUGAUUACUUUCUUCUUGAUAAUACACUACAUUAGUAGAGUGUACAUAAAAAAUGAGUUUCGAUAAGAGGAUUUAAUACAUUCUUCCUUAAAUUUACUAUACGCUAUUGUAUGCGUUCCUUAUCAAACAAUAUAAUUAAAGAAACUUAACAAAUGGUGUAAUUUACUACGACGUAUUAAUAACUUAAUUAUCUACGAACUAGAUUUAUACUAAUCUCUCUCUUCCUUUCUCUUUCUCUUUUUCACUAGAUUAUCUCUAAUUUCUCAUAUACGAUUACGAUUAGAUUAACAUCAAAGUCUCGAUUUAUAUCUACUGUUAUAAUGCGAUUGGAAGCUUGAAAAAAAUAAAUUUAUAUUCAUAUUAGAUUUAAAAUAUAUUAAUUAUAUAUAUAUAUACAUAUAUAUAUCUUUCAUACCUGGCAUAUCUUAUUGCCAAGAAUGAUGUCUGCACAAAGAUUUGAAGCCUAAUCUUAAGCUUAUGUAUAUACGCUUUAAAUGUAUAUAUGCAUGUAUACAUUGAGAUCGUUAAGUUAAACAUGAAAAUAACAUUGUUUUAUCGAAAAUAUUUUAUAUAUCACGUAUGUUACUUGAUUAUCUCGUGUAUACUUUUCCACUUGAUUCUUUUCCUACUAGUAAGUGACAAAUACAUAGCUUUCUU